AUGUUUCAAAAUUUCCCAGGCGUUGUCUGUGCGGUGUUUGAUUUCGAACGUUCUCAAGCAAAUCAUCAAUAUCCCAUCACCCCCACCGAUGCAACAAUACAAGUAGCACGCUCCAGCCACAACAACCUUCAAUUUUCCAUGAGAAGCCUACAGUUAAAGUUUAGCGGCUUUACUGGUCCCCUGGACAACGAAAUCCCAACCCCACAAGGCAAUUGGCUAGUCCCACCAUUGCCCAGAUUUCAUACUUUUCGUGCUUGCCAACGCAUCAACUCCACACCACCAACUCAAAAUCAUGUCCGUCGCCAACCUCAGUCAGGUAUGAUGGAACGCUUCCAAGGUUAA